AUGAAUAAGACCUGCCAGUUCCAACGUGAAAUAGACUCUGAUGGUUUAUUGAUUGCGAAUUUCAAAAGAUUAGAGUGGUUCUUGAAAAUUGAUUGUGAUACAAAUAGCUGGAGGAACUGGAAGCUCAGGAGACUCGUUGAGAACAUAUUCUGCUGUUCCUUAAACUGCACAUGUACUUCACAUCACAGUUUCAAGGUUUUUCUUCUUCUUAUUGGUUUAGACAAAUCUAAAAAAAAAGGGGAAAACACACGGAAGAACAGCGAUUGGCGAAUGCGAGAUUCGGAUGGUCAGGGCUCGCUGAGAGAGGAAAUAAGGUACAGAAUCUUGCUUAUAGCUUUACUUACCAGUAAGUUACUACACACGUUUUCAACUUGGCUUUGUCGACAUUUCAUUACCAAAAAACUUUUAUUUUCACAACACAUGAAGACUUGAAAAGUUUUCCUCACUUGAAAUGGAAACUUCUUUUGCUACCCGUAGCUUUUUAAUGAAAUGUUCCAUUAACUGAAUAUUGUAAUAGACAUCACUACUUAUCAUCUAUGUUAGUAUGAGACAUCCUUAUUAUCUAUGCUCCUUAACUGACCCUACCUUUAUUGCUUCUUUGGGAACCUAUGGACUAUAGAGUAGUCACUAACUAAAACCAAGCAAUGAUUCGUGCUCCGAAACACGUUUCCCCAUAAGUUUUCUACUCCAAGGAGAUACAUGUUUUAAAACCAUUCAUUACUUUUGAGGUGUAGAUUAAUCAUAAGAAGAAAAAUCGUCUUCGCAUGUUGUUACUUGCUUCUUUUUUGAAUCUGGCUUCAAUGUACCAAGGAGUAUUAGGAAACUGUCAACAUAUGAUCUUUGUAGUGCUGCAAUAUCAGAAACACAAUCUCAAGGAUAUGGACAUGAAACCGAUUUCGGGCCAUCGGAAGUUGGUUAUUCUACUAUAUUUGAUUGGUAAGUAUGUUACUACUUUUACUUGUGAAUUUGAUUCUUGACUUUAAUCUAAUUAAUUUCGAAACAGAAGCAUUAAAAAAUAUUGGGAAUAUGGUUACAAUCGGUUUACUACUCGUAUCAAGGGAAAACAUCUGUAUAUGAUUAUGAAGAUAUAUUGUUACGGUUCAUAUCAGUUUGCAAUUACAGUUAUAACUUGGUAGUGGUAACAUAGGUCCCAGGAGAGUGUGGACUUCGAACUCUUUUUGUCUUUGUGAUUUCUCUGCCUUCAAUUAUUAAUUUUUGGAAACUUCAAUUGGUGAGGGCAUUUUAGUAUUUUUACUUGUCUUAGUUUCAACGGCGAAAAAUACUGGGACAAAUUCGAUCUGGUCUGAAGCAUCAAUUGUGUCAUCCCUAUGCAUGCAUAUUUAUAAAAAAAUAAUUGUAACUCCCGUCUUUGAUAUUUAUAAAAAAAAAAUACGACUUUUGUUGUUACUUUUGCA